GUGUGUACCUUAUCAUACUAUGAUUGGCCAGCCUUGUUACUGCCAAGCCUUUGGUUGUGUUGUAACCUGCAUUCCGGCUCCACUUAACUUCAAGCUCUAAACUUUAUCUUCCGUUGCAGCGUUUCCUACUGCCAGACUCGUUGGAAAUCUCGCCUCUCAAAUACAACAUCCAACCAACCGAUCAAUCGUCGCGAUCAUCGUCAAAGGAACGCGACAAUUCAAAUAUCCUCCCUCGACUAGCCCAUCCUCGAUCCUCGGUAAUCAAAUACUCAUCCGCUAUCAAUCAAUUCGGAGGGGGGGAAAAAGGUACAAAAUAAAAAUAAUAAAAAUAAAGCAAUCAACAAACACACCCACCCGGCCACCCACCCAUCAAAAUGGCCAACUUCCUCGCCUCCAUCUUCGGCACGGAGCAGGACAAAGUCAACUGCUCCUUCUACUACAAGAUCGGCGCGUGCCGCCACGGCGACCGCUGCAGCAGGAAGCACGUCAAGCCGUCGUACUCGCAGACGAUCCUGCUGCCGUCGCUGUACCAGAACCCGGCGCACGACACGCGGGCGCGGCUGACGCCGGAGCAGUGUGCGAACCACUUCGACGCCUUCUACGAGGACCUGUGGUGCGAGCUGUGCCGGUACGGCGAGCUCGAGGAGCUCGUCGUGUGCGACAACACCAACGACCACCUGGUCGGCAACGUGUACGCGCGCUUCAAGUACGAGGACUCGGCCCAGAAGGCCUGCGACGAGCUCAACUCCCGCUGGUACGCCGGCCGCCCCGUCUACUGCGAGCUCAGCCCCGUCACCGACUUCAGGGAGGCCUGCUGCCGCCUCAACAGCGGCGAGGGCUGCGUCCGCGGCGGCUUCUGCAACUUCAUCCACCGCAAGAACCCCUCCCCAGAGCUCGAGCGCGAGCUCACCCUCUCCACCAAGAAGUGGCUCAAGAUGAGGGGCCGCGACGCCAAGAGCGUUAGUCGUAGCCCCAGCCCGGAGCCCACGCGGAAGCGGUAUUAAGCCAGGAUGUUGUUGUUGUUAUUGUUAUUAUUGUUAUUGUUGUUGUUGUUGUGUUGUACUAUCUAUUUACUACUAAGACGGGGCCGGAGGGGGGGGCAGAGAUCGAUCGUUUCCCCGAGGCUGAGGCUGAGGCUGAGGCUGAGAUUCUUGUUUAUGAGAGAGCGAAGUUAGUACCCGAUCGAGACAAAGAAGGAAGCUAGGAGAUGGAGAAGUGGCAGCACAAGCAUGAGUGCGGUCUAUUAAUACUAGGAGACGAGACGAGACGCGCCCGCGUCAGAAAUACGCAGGGUUCGGGAUAGAUACCCUUGGACCGGUUCGUCUCUCUAUCUCUGCGUUAACACUGCAUUAUUAGGGAAAAGAUAUGCUGAGUGAGUAAAUAGGCUGUUCUCAAUUAUACGUGAAACGGCAUCGUUUGCCUACCUACGGGUUCUCGAUCCUAAGACAAGUAUUGUGCUUAAGUGGAAAUGGAGGGAAAAGGCUCUCGGAGCAAUCAUAUGUAAAAUACUCGAUUCAUUAGCCGCCCCAGAAAGAUUAAAUCAAGACAAUACGUCUAGUCUACCUUUAUC